ACUGUCACCUUUACUUUUCCCCUUCCAUAUACCACCUUCCCGUCCACCUUCACUAUCUCUUCCACCGAAAAAAGCAUCGAUGGCUUCUCAUCAAUCCUCUUCACUGGCUCUUCUAGUCCUUACCCUCACGGCUCUGCUAAUCUCACCGGCCGAGUCUCUCACCUGCACCUCCCAGACCUUCACCAACAAUGCCCGCUACACUAACUGCGUGGACCUCACCCAGCUCACCGCCUACCUCCACUGGACCCACGACCAGUCCAACUCAUCCCUGUCCAUCGCCUUCAUCGCCCCUCCUGCCAAGUCCGAUGGCUGGGUCGCCUGGGCCAUAAACCCAACGGAGACGGGUAUGAAGGGCUCCCAGACCCUCCUCGCUUUCCAAUCCAACGGCGCCAUGACCGUCAAAACCUACAACAUCAGCGCCAUCGGGCCCAUCGCGGAGUCCAAGCUCUCUUUCGAGGUGUGGGACCUGAGCGCCGAGCAGUCUGACGGUGUCAUGAGAAUCUUCGCCAAAUUGAAGGUCCCGGGGAACGGCAUGACGGUUAACCAGGUUUGGCAGGUGGGGGCCUCCGUUACCAGUGGCGUGCCGGACGCGCAUCCCAUGCAGACGGCCAAUUUGAACUCCAAGUCCACCUUGAACUUGAGUGGUGGACAGACUGUCACCCCCUCCGGAGGGGACUCUAGGACCAAGAAGAAGAAUAUUCAUGGGGUACUGAAUGUUGUGAGUUGGGGCAUCCUGUUUCCCAUCGGAGUUAUCAUUGCGAGGUACCUGAGGACUUUUGAAUCUGCGGAUCCGGCAUGGUUCUAUCUUCAUGUUUUCUGCCAAGUAUCUGCUUAUGCCAUUGGGGUGGCCGGCUGGGGGACUGGUCUUAAGCUUGGAAGUGAAUCGCAGGGAGUCAAGUUCUCUGUUCACCGCAACAUCGGAAUUGCCCUGUUUUGCCUUGCCACGGUGCAGAUAUUUGCUUUAUUCUUACGCCCAAAGAAGGACCACAAGUACAGGUUCUAUUGGAAUAUCUACCACCAUUCUAUCGGAUAUGGCAUAAUCGUCCUUGGCAUCGUCAAUAUUUUCAGAGGUUAUGACAUCUUACAACCUGCAAAUAAAUGGAAAUCUGCCUACAUAAUUUUGAUCAUUGUAUUGGGUGCGAUCGCCUUGUUGUUGGAAGCGAUUACUUGGAUUGUAGUCGUGAGGAGGAAGUCCAGCAAAUCCACCAAGCCCUAUGAUGGAUUCAACAAUGGAGAAGGCAGGCAAUAGUUGCCAUGCUUUAGCCAGCCUUGGACCUAUCAUCUACGGCAGCUCUUCUCUUUCUAUUCUGAACUUCUGUUCAGCUUGUGUAUAAUGGCUUGAUUUUCACUAGCUUUAUUUAUUGUCUAUUAUAUACAUAUAGAGAUUGUUCAAUGUUUCUGUUAUAUGUAUGUGUCUACUAUGUUCCUGCCAGUGGUUAGGUUGAUGAAACUUUCUAGGAUGUGUGCACAUUGACAAAAUUUUUGAAGAGAAUUAUUUAUUCAUGAUUUCCCUA